UUCGAAGAAAAGAAGAAUGGAGAACGAAGAGUUAUGUUCGGGUGAUGAAUCAGAGAUUCUAUCCUCUUCGCCGGUAGUCGUAUUAGCUCACGGUGCCGGAGCUCCCUCUUCUUCCCACUGGAUGAUUCGAUGGAAGGAUAUGCUAAAGAAGAGCUUAGCAGCAGUUGAAGUUGUCACAUUUGAUUACCCUUAUAUUGCUGGAGGGAAAAGAAGAGUUGCUCCAAAAGCUGAAAAACUGGUUCAGUUUCAUUUGGAUAUUGUCAAAGAAACUCUUGUUAAGUUCCCUGGUCAUCCUUUGAUAUUAGCUGGCAAAUCAAUGGGUUCAAGAGUUAGCUGCAUGGUAGCCGUGAGUGAAGAUAUCGCAGUCUCAGCUGUAAUAUGCUUGGGAUAUCCACUUAAGGGCAUGAAAGGUGCAAUAAGAGAUGAGACCUUGUUGGAAAUUGGAGUCCCUGUGAUGUUUGUGCAGGGUAGCAAAGAUCCUAUGUGUCCGCUGGAUAAGCUCCAAGCUGUUUGCAACAAAAUGAAAGCUGUGACUGAGCUGCACGUCAUAGAUGGUGGAGAUCACUCAUUCAAGAUUGGAAAGAAGCACCUUGAAGCAAAGGAUUUAACACAAGAUCAAGUUGAAGAUGUCGCUCUGCAAGCAAUUGCCGCUUUCGUCUCCAGAUCUCUUGCUUGCUGA